CUUCAUUUUUCUGAACUAUCUGGUUACCAAAUCACCGUCAACUUUCUGAUAUUUGAAGAGCUUCUUGUGAUCGAUGGAGGUGAAGAACAUGAGCAGCUCAAACCAUACAGGCGAAAUUGCCAAUGGCCGUAUUGGCAAAGAGACAAGAGCUGAGGAGGACGCUCAUCAGCAGCGGGGAUUCUCAGAAGAUGAGGAAGAACUCGUUGCUAGAAUGUUCAGAUUGGUUGGCAAAAGGUGGUCUUUGAUUGCUGGGAGAAUUCCUGGAAGAACUGCGCAAGAGAUAGAGAAAUACUGGAAUUCAAAGUGCCCUUCAUGAACUGCUUAAUGUCUUAUAAAUAAUUAAGUGCCUUGUAAUUUAAUUUUACUUCUUAAGUUAGUUGGGCGUAGUAUCUAAUAUCUAUAUCUAUAUCUACUCAAAAUUAUUACAAUGAAUAAUGAAUAUAUAGAUUUUAGUUGCGCUUUACAUA